UACAAAGGGAGUUUCAGAUCAAAUAUUGUUGUUAUUAAAAAGAUGAAAAGUGUUUUAAGUGAUAAUGGGUCAAUAGAAGAGUUCGAAAAAGAAGUUGCAAUGCUUGAUAAAUUUAGGUGUGAGUAUAUCGUCCAUUUCUAUGGAGCAGUGUUCAUACCUAAUAAAAUGUGUAUGGUCACUGAAUUUGCACAAUUUGGGAGUUUACAUGAUUUGAUAAAACACAAAACAAGUGAUGAAGUUAAUAUGAAUGUAAGAGUUAAAUUCAUGUUAGAUGCAGCAAGAGGAAUAUUGUAUCUUCAUACAAACGAAAUAUUACACAGAGACAUCAAACCAGACAACAUUCUCGUAUUUACUUUAGAUUUAAACGACAAUGUAAACGCAAAGUUGACUGAUUUUGGAUCAUCAAGAAAUGUCAACAUGUUGUUGACUAACAUGACAUUUACAAAUGGUAUUGGAACACCAGUAUACAUGGCUCCGGAAGUGUUAAAAAUGGAGAAGUACAAAAAACCAGCUGACAUCUAUUCCUUUGCUAUUACUAUGUUUGAAGUGUUUGGAUGGUCUCAAGCAUACCUAAUUGACACAUUCAAAUUUGCUUGGAAAAUAGCCGAGUUUGUUUCAUCUGGAGAACGUCUUGAAAAUAGAAGAAAUAUACCAGAAACACUAUUUCAACUGAUUGUAAAGUUUAAUAAAAUAAUUUCUAUUUUUUUUCUUUUUGGUUUGUGUAAUGUUGAGGGAUUCAUGAGGAUUAUUAAUUUUUCUGAGGAUGGUAAAUAUCUUAAACAUAAUUUCUUUCAAUUUAGAUUUUUUUGCCUAAGAUCAAAAAGGUAUAUUUUGAAACACAUGAUUUUCUUUAAAAUGCUAUUUAUGGAUUUUUUGAAAGAUGAUUCUUUCAGUUGA